AUGCCAGUCUUCCAUAUUGUGCUCUUCAAGCUAAAAGCAGGCGUAACGCCCGCUCAAAUAGACGAAUUCAAACAGGCAUGCAAGGCUAUGGUGGGCCAGGUUCCAGGACUUCGCGAAAUGCACAACAAUGCCCCCCUGGCCAUCACGGCAUCGCGUGCAAAAGGGUAUGAUAUGGGCUUGCUAGCGAUUUUGGAGAAGCCGGAUGAUGUCCAGGUGUAUGCGGCGCAUCCAGCGCAUCAGGUGGUGCAAAAGAUACGAGAGGAGAUAUGUGAAGACGCCCUGGCGUAUGAUAUGGAGUUUUAG